UGGCUCUCACGCUCUCCCCCUACCGGCACACGCGCGCGCGUUCUGAUUGGCCGCAGCCAACGUUUUUCGGAGACGGUUUAACUGCAGCAGCGAGGUUCAGUGAGAGGAAAACAAAACAAAGGAGCGUAGCGGCGCGGGCGCCGGGAUGCCUCGGCCACCUCUCAGUCCCGAGGGGAGGAGACCCGGGCCCGGCCCCCGGCUCCCCUGAUGACCCUGGGCGCUGCAGCCGCCGCAGGGAAGACGCCCCUGAGCCUGGGGAGGGGGAAGGACCCCCCCCCGGGCGCACGCAGAGCCGCCACCUGAGCGGGGCAUGAGGGGCCACGGCCACUAGACCCUCCCCUCGCCCCAGCUGGCAGCGACGGAGGCUGCUCCUUCCCCGUGCCAAGCCAGCCCCCCACGGAGGGAGGGAAGGGGGGCCACAGCUGCGCGGAACCCGCGGGGGUCCGGCCCGGGCAGCGGAGCCGCCGUAGGGAAACCAAGAUCGAUCUGUGCAGGUUGUGAUUGUUUCUCUUGUGGCAUCUGUGUGGAAAGUGCCACACACACUACAGAACAACAACGGCUUUUGCUUGCAUUUUCCAGUGUUUUUUUUGUCAGCGAGUUCAGCAAAGUUGUAAUUCUUCAAGUGCCAGCCCUGAGCUGAGUGAGGAGCCACCAGCAGAGAUGGUAAAAAUGACAAAAUCAAAAACGUUCCAGGCUUACCUGCCGAACUGUCACCGAACCUACAGCUGUAUCCACUGCAGAGCCCACCUAGCCAAUCACGAUGAAUUGAUUUCCAAGUCUUUUCAGGGAAGCCAGGGAAGAGCCUACCUCUUUAAUUCUGUGGUAAAUGUGGGCUGUGGUCCAGCAGAGGAGAGAGUUCUUUUGACAGGUUUACAUGCUGUAGCAGAUAUCUAUUGUGAAAACUGUAAAACCACUCUUGGAUGGAAAUAUGAACAUGCUUUUGAGAGCAGUCAGAAAUACAAAGAAGGAAAAUUUAUCAUUGAACUUGCCCAUAUGAUCAAAGACAAUGGCUGGGAGUAAAUUAAAAGCAUUUUUUCACUCUGUUUGGACAAUAUUCUGUGGAACAUGCUUUAUAAAGACUAAUGCAAAUGAAAGGAGGAUUUUGGCUGAGGUAGCUCUGAGAAUAUCACUGAACUUCGCAACCUCACAAAUGAGUAGUGUAGUUUAUGUGGCUCUUUCAGGCCAUGUUUGCCUUUUUCUCCUUGUGUAAGUUCCCUCUUUUGUAUAUGUAUUCUUGUGUGAACAGUUGUUUUGGAACAUUUUGGAUGACCUUUUUCUAAACUCUCAAGUUCUAGAGAAACAGUUCACUAACUGCAAAUGAAUUUUACUGGUUAGCAUUUUUAUUUGACCUAUGCCUUUAAUGCUACCUUUUGCUGUGCAUGCUUCUUGCCUAAACACCUACACCAAAUCUAGCAGAAGACUGAUAUGAGUCGUCCUGAAAAAUGUAUGGGCUGGAGGUGUCUUUUUAUAUGUAGCAAUUUCUGAUAUCUCUGGCAGUGAAAGGGAUGCAGUAUUUAGAGUAUUCAUUAAUUGCUUUUUAAAAUUUGGGAGUACCAUAAUCGGUGUACAUCUUGCAGGCAAGUAAGUUAAAGGAACAGUGCUCAUUUAGAAAUCUUUUGGUUGCACUGACUCAUAUUAGUAGAUCUUAAGUUUUGCAAAAAAGAAUACAUUAAUGAUUCAGUAUUUUUAGUGCAACUAAUUUUCAAGAAUACUAAGGCAGUGAUACUGUAGAAUAUAUUUAAUCAACAUAAUUGCAUUCCUUAUCCAGCAAACUUGUGUCUUGAAGGGAGAAGUUGAUAAAAUUAUAGCCUGCAAGAUCAAAGGGCACAAAAAUAUAUGCAUCUUGUAUUUAUAAAAAAUUAGUCAGUGUAAACAAGUUUUUGGUACUGUGCCUUUUAACAGUAACAGGGACUUGUGCCUCAGUGAAGUUUUAUGGCUGGUUCCAUGUAGCUGUGUGGUCUAAUGCACUGGACAAAGAGGUUGUUCUAAAGAAAAUUCAUUGAAGUCUUCUGCUUUUGCUACACUUCAACAAAAAUAUAGUUAUUUUUGUGUGACAACAGGCCAGAGCUUAUAAGAUGGAAGUUAGUAACUGUACCUGCAGAAGAGUGGGGGUUGGUGGAUGGGCAGGAAAGUGUGAAGUUGACUUCAUUUCUUCAUAAAAUAGAAUAGCAAGAUAAUUUUUAAAAUAAAAAGGGGUUUGUUGGUUUGCUGGAUAAAUCAUCCCCAAAGACAUUUUCAUAAUAAAAUUUAUAUAAAGCUCACAUCCUUUCUGUUUUUUUGCUUUUUUCCAGCUGCUUCUUAACUGGAGUGAUUUAGUAAGAAAGCCUUCUGUGGAUGUGUAUCCACAAAAUUUACUGUUGGGUUUUGUGCAUGCACUUUCCAGAGAGGUUUUAAAAAAAUUAAUCUUGUGUCUUGUAUUAGUUGCUAUCUUUGUUAUCAAAUGAAAAGUAUUUAUGGAGGACCUUUUGUACUUAGCUCCCUUAAUGCUUGAGGACAAAGUGGUUGGCAACGUCUUUUACGUUAACACUACGUAAGUACUAUGAUGGAAUGAACAAUACGAAAGCCUUACAAUAGAAUAGAAGUUAGUGUCCUUUUAAUAACUAUUUUAACAUGGCAUUUGUGAAGAUUGCAAUGUGUGCCAUUGCUGCUGCUGUUACAUUUUGGAUAAAUCUCUGACAGGUUUUCAAAACUCUACUGCACUUUAUUACCAGACAUCAUUCAUUUACAAACAUGCCAAUGACUAGGAGCAAUACAGAAGCUCUACAUCAGGAGCUGUGAUAAUGAAUCUACAGAACUUAAAUUUUAAAAAGUAGAAAUAGUAAAAACCUUUGGGUUUACGUCCAAAGAACUGGUCUAGUACAACUGGGUCCAAUAUGGAUUUUGUGGGGUGCCUUAUACUGCUCCUCCAUAAUCAAGAAUUAGAUUGAACCCAGGAGUCCCCUUUAUCUGAAUGUCAUUGGCACAAGAUGGUCAUCUGGUGCUGCCAUCUGUUCAGUCUGAAAGAACCUGGAAUUCUGUUUUGUUUGGGCUAUUUUUCAAUUUUCCUCUAAUAUAAUGUCCAUUGCCAACAAUGAAAGCACCGAAACAGCUAUCAACAAGGAGUUUGUGUUGGCUUCAAAGCCUAAAUGUAAAACCCAUGAAGAUGUCUAUAGGAAAUUUAUAUUUUCUUUGUCUGGCUACAGACUCAAGAAGAAUUACACUGAGUUGAAGAAAAAAACACCACGAUCCUUCACUAUAAAAAUGAGAGUACAAAUUUAAGUUUAAUUUUUUUCUUUUUAUGAGAGAGAACAAUCUCAAGUAAUAUUUUAAAUAGUGGAUUUGGAUGUUUCCUAUUAAUGAGCUUUUUUUUUUUUUUUAACUAGAAAAGAUAUUCUUAUUUAGAUGCUCAACCUCUUUUUUCAGUGCAUUAUUUAUUUCUAUUUCAAACUGGACAUUUUCACCAAAACCUUAAUUACCCUUGAUGCCAAAGGUUGGGAUUUCAUUAAGUGCUUAGCACCUAAAACUUCAACUACUGGCAUAAGGAGUUAAUGUGAGUUAUGUAUAAUGUUAUGGCUUUUAAGAGAACCAAAUAAAGCAAUAUUCUUAUUAGUCUUUUGAGGGGAGGUAAGAGGGAGUAGAGAAGGAGCUAUAACUAAUACAAAAUUCCUACUCCACACUACUAUGUAAUAAUUCUUUAUGCUUGCUAUGAUAUCUGGGAGUAUGUGAACCUUUUUUUUCUUAUUGCUUAACUUGAGCAGUGAUUCUUUGAAACAGUUCUCCCAUUGUAAAGAUGUGGAGAGUUACGCCUAAUGGUUUUGGUGAAAGUUGGUUCCACAUAUUAGUGGCUACUGGUUGAUGUGAAGAGGUCAGUCUGGUCACUGAACCUUCCAGCAGUACAUUAAAAAGAAAAUCUUACUUGAAGAGAAUUCUACAAAGCAUUUUCCCUCUAACUUUUUUUUUUUUUUUUUGUAAUAUAUUAAGAUUAUAUUUAAAGGUUUUGUGUGUUCAUUCUGGGCAAGUUUACUUCCUCUCCCACUUGAGCACUUUUGUUACUUGUACUGGUUAUUUUUAUUGUUGAUCUUACCAUUUAUUUUGUAUUUUUUUUUAUAAACUGUAACAAAAAGUUUUUGUGAACUCUUGUUUCACGCUAGCUCUUUCUUGGACCAAAUGAACCAACUACGAGCUGGCUUCUUGGAAAGAAUGUUCAUUGGGAUACAUAAGAAUAUGCUAGCGAAAAAUAUACAUGUAUUGAAAGGAUUUUCUUUUGAACUCAUAAAAGCUAUGGCUGUCCUAAAAUAAUUAAGCAUCAUAAUUUGACAUGAUUUUGGAAUCUGGUGCCACAUUCUUCAUUGUCUAGGCCCUAAAUAGUGGCUGUAACACUGGAGUUACAAUAUUGAGAGUCUGCUUCAAAUGCCAAUAUUCUUUCCUUGGUUUAUAACUAUGGACAUCUUUUUAACCAAUGAAAGGCAAUACUGUCAUUUACACAAUGUUAAGUUGCAAAAUUUCCUGUAAACUGUCUGACAGAAUUAGGGAGGGCUUGCUGAUACAUCAGCCUUACCACUUUUGCUGUUUUGGAUUUUAUUUCUUUCUUUCACUGUGUUGCCAAUUUAAUAUACAGUAUUUUAUUACCCUCUUAACCAUCCAUAACCUCUUCUGACUAGUUUCUGCCUGUUGCUAAAAGGGGCUGGAAUAUGUGAACUUUUUAAUUAUCUAUAAACUAUAUAGUGAUGUAGGUUGAAUUGUAACCGAGUACAAAUAAAGUCCUGAUGCCCUACUGCAAACUAAAUAUUUGGCAAGUUUAAAAAUAAUCAGCAGCCUCUCUGUAACUGGCUUAAUUUUCAUGCAUCUAAUCUUAUAGCAACUUGUGGAAGACUUGAUUUGAAAUUAAUUUGAUUUCAAGUGAACGAUACCUCAAAGUAACAAACAGAAGCAAUUAACCCUUUGAUUAUGGAAAUAGUAAUACAUUCAUAUUGCUCCCUAAUGUAAACUACAUUUGUGCUAACGUAGGGUGCUCGGUACCAUUUCCAAUGGACUUGAAAAUUUUCCUUUAUAUAUUGCUCUCUCAGAUUUUUUUCAGAUAUGAGGAUCAUAUAGUCAAAUUGCAAGACCUGUAUCUAGAUUGAGAUACCAGAGCGCCACAAAGAGAGACAAAUUUUAACAUCCCAGUUGUAUGAUAAUGGGACAAGAGUGGAAGGAAGCCAUCAAAUUAUUGUUAAACUUGUAGGAUAUUGUAUUGUACUUCAUUUAGCACUCGUGUAAGUCAAUCAGCAGUAUCUAUUGUAAAGGAACAGGAAUUUCAGAGGUAAUUUUGAAAAGGACUGUUACAAAUCAUUUAAGGCCUAAAGCAUGAGUCAUAAAUGGCAACUGAGUUGUGCCUCAUAUUGUUUCUUAAACACUUUAAAAUGCUUUCUUUUACAGAUGACAUGGCUGCUUUGCUGUUUUGUCCUAGCAAUACUGUAUAUCAUUUGUUGUUUCACUAUAUUGUAUCUGAGGUAUCACAAUAAAAGUUUCAAUGGUUUUGUUGAA